CAGCGGCCAGGAGAGUCACGUGAGGGUGGGCGGUGGAGCUGGAGGCUGGUCUCGCCUGUUUAUUCGUCUCUAUGGUUUUCAGAGGUGGGCGGCUUUGACGGAGGAGCAGCUGGAGAAGCAGCUGGAGCUCCAGCGUGGACGGGAUGUUUCGUCUUAACUCUCUUUCUGCAUUGGCAGAGCUGGCAGUGGGCUCUCGAUGGUACCAUGGAGCAUCACAGCCCACCCAGAUCAGGCGACGGCUGAUGAUGGUGGCUUUUCUUGGAGCAUCUGCAGUAACUGCAAGUACUGGUCUCUUGUGGAAGAGGGCCCUUGCACAAUCUCCACCAUCUGUAAACAACCUAAAGAGUGAACUUGGUGAUAAAGGGAAGAGUAAAGAUGAAGGGGAAGAUUGUAACCACGAAAAAAAGGCUUCAGGUAUUUGUCUUGAGCCUUAUCCAGAAGAGAAAAAGAAGAAACGCUCUGGAUUCAGAGACAGAAAAGUGAUGGAAUAUGAGAAUAGGAUUCGCGCAUAUUCCACACCAGACAAAAUCUUCCGAUAUUUUGCCACCUUGAAAGUAAUCAGUGAGCAUGGUGAAUCUGAAGUGUUUAUGACACCACAAGAUUUUGUGCGAUCCAUAACACCCAAUGAAAAACAACCAGAACACUUGGGUCUGGAUCAAUAUACAAUAAAACGCUUUGAUGGAAAGACAGAGGUAACCUAUUGGAUAGUUGUGUACCUGGAUGGUGGUGUGGUGGUGCUUGCUGGUUUAAUUUUCAUGAUACUCCUCCCAAGAAUAAUUCCUGAAAUUUCUUUGGUUGGUCCAGAACUUAUGGAAAUGUGUUUCAAGUCUAACUCUUUGGUGGAUCCUUUUCAGUUUUUGAAAGUAUCUUCAAUGUCACCACUAAGUUUAUGGUUUGGUAGCAAAUCAGAAAACAGGAAAAUUGCCCAGGAACGAGAAAAAUUUGCUGAUGAAGGCAGUAUAUUUUACACCCUUGGAGAAUGUGGACUCAUAUCCUUUUCAGACUACAUUUUCCUUACGACUGUCCUUUCCACUCCUCAGAGAAAUUUUGAAAUUGCCUUCAAGAUGUUUGACUUGAAUGGAGAUGGAGAAGUAGACAUGGAGGAAUUUGAACAGGUUCAGAGCAUCAUUCGCUCCCAAACCAGCAUGGGAAUGCGUCACAGAGAUCGUUCUACAACUGGUAACACCCUCAAGUCUGGCUUGUGUUCAGCCCUCACAACCUACUUUUUUGGAGCUGAUCUCAAGGGGAAGCUGACAAUCAAAAACUUCCUUGAAUUUCAGCGUAAACUUCAACAUGAUGUUCUGAAGCUGGAAUUUGAACGCCAUGACCCUGUGGAUGGGAGAAUCACCGAGAGGCAGUUUGGUGGCAUGCUGCUGGCCUACAGUGGGGUACAGUCCAAGAAGUUGACUGCCAUGCAGAAGCAGCUCAAGAAGCACUUCAAAGAGGGAAAGGGUCUGACAUUUCAGGAAGUGGAGAACUUCUUUACUUUCUUAAAGAACAUUAAUGAUGUAGACACUGCAUUGAGCUUUUACCAUAUGGCUGGGGCAUCUCUUGAUAAAGUAACCAUGCAGCAGGUGGCCAGGACAGUGGCUAAAGUGGAACUCUCAGAUCACGUGUGUGAUGUGGUGUUUGCGCUCUUUGACUGUGAUGGCAACGGAGAGCUGAGCAAUAAGGAAUUUGUUUCUAUCAUGAAGCAACGGCUGAUGAGAGGCCUGGAGAAGCCCAAAGACAUGGGCUUCACCCGCCUCAUGCAGGCCAUGUGGAAAUGUGCACAGGAAACUGCCUGGGACUUCACUUUGCCCAAACAGUAACCCAGAACUGCACGUGGAGCCGAGCCUCCAGGCCAAGCACCCUGGCCCCUUGGGCAGAGCCUUGGCACAGUCCUCCCUGCUGCUGCUUCCGGAAGUAGUGCUCCCUUCCUCCUGGGAAUGAUCUCAGGACUCAUCAAGUUUCCCCUCUCCCAGUGUUCUGCUAGGCCCUGGUUCUAAACCAGUGAUUCUCCCUAGAGGUCCUCAAAAACAUGAGUAGGUCCUAAAAGCGCAGGCCUUUGGCACGUUUGACAGUACUACCCAUUUAAGCACCCUACAGACAAAGAAUGCGGGAACCAUCCAUGUACCUGCCAACCCUGGGAAACACCCAUUUCUUGAGUCAUCUUGGUGUGGAUUUAUAUUAACAAGAACAUUCCUUGCUUCUCCUCCUGCUGGUGUUUUUUAAGCUACAAAUUGGGAAAACCUCUGGCAGAAAAAGGAAAUCAGUGAUGAAUGAUAACAAGGAUGACCCAGGCACCCUGAGCUGGUGGGAAGCCUGGGCUAGAGGAAGGAUCUGUGUCAGUCCCCAGGGUGGCUCUGAGGCGAUGUGCACAGUGGAAAUGGAGCAAGAUUAGGAAUUUAAAGUAGCUGCUGGGGCCUCCCUGGUGGCGCAGUGGUUGCGCGUCCGCCUGCCGAUGCAGGGGAACCGGGUUCGCGCCCCGGUCUGGGAGGAUCCCACAUGCCGCGGAGCGGCUGG